GACAAGAAACAGCAAAUGUCCAACAGCAGCUCCAUCACCCAGUUCCUCCUCCUGGCAUUCGCAGACACGCGGGAGCUGCAGCUCUUGCACUUCUGGCUCUUCCUGGGCAUCUACCUGGCUGCCCUCCUGGGCAACGGCCUCAUCAUCACCGCCGUAGCCUGGGACCAUCACCUCCACACCCCCAUGUACUUCUUCCUCCUCAACCUCUCUGUUCUUGACCUGGGCUCCAUCUCCACCACUCUCCCCAAAUCCAUGGCCAAUUCCCUCUGGGACACCAGCGUCAUCUCCUAUGUGGGAUGUGCUGCCCAGGUCUUUCUGCUUGCCUUCUUCUUUGGAGCAGAGUUUGCCCUUCUCACCAUCAUGGCCUACGACCGCUACGUGGCCAUCUGCAAACCCCUGCACUACGGCACCCUCCUGGGCAGCAGAGCUUGUGUCCACAUGGCAGCAGCUGCCUGGGGCAGUGGCUUUCUCACUGCUCUGCUGCACACGGCCAAUACAUUUUCACUGCCCCUCUGCCAGGGCAAUGCUAUUUACCAGUUCUUCUGUGAAAUCCCCCAGAUCCUCAAGCUCUCCUGCUCACACGCCUACCUCAGGGAAGUUGGGCUUCUUGUUCUUACUGUCUAUUUAUUGUUUGGGUGUUUUGUUUUCAUCGUGGUGUCCUAUGUGCAGAUCUUCAGGGCCGUGCUGAGGAUCCCCUCUGAGCAGGGACGGCGCAAAGCCUUUUCCACGUGCCUCCCUCACCUGGCCGUGGUCUCCCUGCUUGUCAGCACUGCAGUGUUUGCCCACUUGAAGCCCCCCUUCCUCUCCUCCCCAUCCCUGGAUCUGGUGGUGGCUGUUGCGUACUUGGUGGUUCCUCCAACAGUGAAUCCCCUCAUCUACGGCCUGAGGAACAAGGAGCUCAAGGGUGCCCUCUGGAAGGCCUGUGAUUCUACCAGUUUGCUUCAGCAGCAGCGAAUCUCCCAUCUCUCUUUACAAGUGACCUCGUAUUUAUUUCCGGCAGCAUUUGUCUUGUGGUCAUUGUAUCAGUUAUAA